AUGGCAGAAGCAGGCGCGGCGGACCUGAGCGGCGGCUGCCAAGGUGUCGCCGUCUCGGUGGUCGGAGACCAAGUCAGUGCAAGACGCUCGCAAUCAACGGCGACGGUGUGGCGCACGUCCAGCUGGGUUUGGGGCAUCGCGAGAUCGUUGGCACAGGCAGAUACCGUGAAGACGAUGGCAUAA